AUGCCCAACAGAAGCUCUGUGAGCGAGUUCCUCCUGCUGGCAUUCACAGACACACGGGAGCUGCAGCUCCUGCACUUCGCGCUCUUCCUGGCCAUCUACCUGGCUGCUCUCCUGGGCAACGGCCUCAUCCUCACCGCCAUAGCCUGCGACCACCACCUCCACACCCCCAUGUACUUCUUCCUCCUCAACCUCGCCCUCCUCGACCUGGGCUGCAUCUCCACCACUCUCCCCAAAUCCAUGGCCAACUCCCUGAGGGACACCAGGGCCAUUUCCUACCAUGGAUGCACUGCCCAGGUCUUCUUUUUAUUAUUCUUUUUCGGUGCAGAGUAUUCUGUCCUCACCGUCAUGGCCUAUGACCGCUAUGUGGCCAUCUGCCAGCCCCUGCAUUACAGGACCCUCCUGGGCAGCAGAGCUUGUGCCACCAUGGCAGCAGCUGCCUGGGGCAGUGGUUUCCUCUACGCUGUCCUGCACACAGCCAAUACAUUUUCUCUUCCUCUCUGCCAAGGCAAUGCUGUGGACCAAUUUUUCUGUGAAAUCCCCCAGAUCCUCAAGCUCUCCUGCUCAGACUCCUACAUGAGGGAAGCUGGGCUUCUUGUUGUCAUUGUCUGUUUAGCCUUUGGUUGUUUUGUUUUCAUCCUGCUGUCCUAUGUGCAGAUGUUCAAGGUUGUGCUGAAGAUGCCCUCUGAGCAGGGCCGGCACAAAGCCUUUUCCAUGUGCCUCCCUCACCUGGCUGUGGUCUCCCUGUUUAUUAGUACUGGGAUUUUUGCCUACCUGAAGCCCCCCUCCCUCUCCUCCCCAUCCCUGGACCUGGUGAUGGCAGUUCUGUACUCGGUGGUGCCUCCAGUACUGAACCCCCUCAUCUACAGCAUGAGGAAUCAUGAGAUCAAGGAUGCCCUCAGGAAACUGAUGAAAUAA